CCCACCGGAUAUGUGACUACGUACCGCACGUCUCUUCAGCGUGGCCUGUCAUCUGACUCUUUUCCUGUUGGGAGAGAAAGAAGUUUUGAAACCACACCCUCUGCUGACUGUAAGCAGACGUAGAAGUGGUUCAAGGUCCGGAUGAGUGAGCACCGAGCGAGAUAGCGGAAUAUUCUACGAAGUUACGAUGGAGUUGUUGCGCUGUUUGGAUACCGAGUGUAACCGGACGAGCCCGCGCGCCGAGCCGCAAUCAGGGAACUAACGGGAUCUGUCUCCGCUGCGUGUUUCUCUGCGGGAAGUGAAGCGGGUGUUUUGGAGAACUCUUCCUGUUCCAAAAGUUGUCGCUUCCCUACGUGUUUUGUGUCGCCAGAAAGCCCACACGCUCACUGCGUGGUGCGUGCGUGUGAUAACGCCGCCAGAAUGGAGAACGUCGCCCGACGGGAUGCGGGGAUUUCCUGCGGGAGCGCCGCACAUUGGCGGUCAGACGCGGUUUUGUGAGAGCUUCGUUUGCUGAUGCGAACUACUGAGCCCUGGAACUUGUCCUAAAACACUGGCAGGACUGAAUGCUCCUUUUCCUGCUAUUCUUCUCCGCCUCGCAGCGCUUCCUGCUUUGUGGUGGCCGCGGCACUUAAUGGCUAAAAAUACAUAAACGCUUCAGAUGGACAGCUGAACCGUCGUUAGGAACACUGAAGUUAGUUAUUUUGUUCAACAAACUCUGGGUAGUGCCAUCACUGUCUCCGCGAACUAGUCCUCCGAGACUCUGCUCAACAGGUGGCUGACUGAUGGAGGAGGAGAGUUGAAGGGACCGUGUGCUCCAGCCAUGUUGGGGACCCCACGCGUCACUUGAAAGGAGACAAACUCGUGUCUUUUUCCUACCCCUGAACACAACGCUCUCCCUCCAAUCGCUCCACGCACUCUUGUGUUUUCCAGCGUGUGGGGUGAAGGGGGUUUGGAGGCUGUGCAUGUAAUGUCCAGACAGAUGAGAGACUCCCACCGCUCAACCAUCUCUGAUUCCUCUCCCUCCGCCCGCCUGUCGGUCGAGCUUCUGAACACAUUUCGCUGGUCCCUGAUGAACCAACAAGAAAGACAGGAAAGGGAGCGAGGCGCAAUAAAGUACUCCUUUGUACUUUAUUUUCCAACCCUUUGCGGUGCACAAUCCGAUCCGGUGUAGACAUCUGCUGGAGGCUCCAUGGAGCCACUGAAGAACAUAUUUAGCCGUGGCCCCCUGUCCAACUGGAAGAAUUUAGAGGCCUCGCAGAAAGGCAACUUCACAAACCCCGUGUGGACGGCCUUGUUCGACUACGAGGCGUCCUGCAAAGAUGAGCUCACCCUGCGAAAGGGCGACCUGGUGGAGGUCCUCUCUCUGGACUCUGAGAUAUCGGGAGACGAGGGCUGGUGGGCCGGGAAAGUCAACAAUAAGGUGGGCAUCUUCCCGUCAAACUACGGCUCUUUCAAGCCCAGCGGGUAUGGGAAGCUCCCAGAAGUGGUCGGAGAGCUCAGCCCCGCCGUGGUCGCCCAGUUCGAACCCGACGUCCUGGACUUCCGAGAGCUGAGCCUGGAGGAGGUCAUCGGGGUCGGGGGCUUUGGGAAGGUGUAUCGCGGUACGUGGAGGGGCGGGCUGGUGGCCGUGAAGGCCGCCCGCCAGGACCCUGACGAGGACAUCAGCGUGACGGCGCAGAACGUCCGGCAGGAGGCGCGUCUGUUCGCCAUGCUCACGCACCCCAACAUCAUCGCCCUGAAAGGCGUCUGCCUGACGGAGCCCAACCUGUGCCUCAUCAUGGAGUACGCGUCGGGCGGGCCGCUGAGUCGGGCGCUGGCCGGCCGCCGAAUCCCCCCGCACGUCCUGGUCAACUGGGCUGUGCAGAUCGCCAGAGGGAUGUUGUACCUGCACUGUGAGGCCAUUGUACCAGUCAUCCAUCGGGAUCUCAAGUCCAACAACAUCCUCCUGGCUCAGCCCAUAGAGAAUGAAUGUAUGGAGGGUCUGACGUUGAAGAUCACAGACUUCGGCCUGGCCAGGGAGUGGCACAAGACCACCAAAAUGAGCACAGCCGGCACCUACGCCUGGAUGGCCCCCGAGGUCAUCAAGUCCUCCACCUUCUCCAAGGGCAGCGACGUCUGGAGCUAUGGUGUUCUGCUGUGGGAGCUGCUAACAGGAGAGGCGCCCUACAAAGGGAUUGAUGGACUCGCCGUGGCCUACGGCGUCGCGGUCAAUAAGCUCACCCUGCCCAUCCCCUCCACCUGCCCCGAACCCUUCUCCCAGCUCAUGUCAGGGUGCUGGGACCAGGACCCCCACCACAGACCCAAUUUCAGCUCCAUCUUGGCCCAGCUGAUGGCCCUGGAGCAGCAGGUGAAGGAGGAGAUGCCGCAGGAGUCCUUCCAUUCCCUGCAGGAGGACUGGAAGCUGGAGAUCCAGGACAUGUUCGAUGAGCUGCGCGCUAAAGAGAAGGAGCUGCGAUGCCGCGAGGAGGAGCUGAAGCGUGCGGCCGUGGAGCAGAAGUCCCACGAGGAGUUCCUGCGGCAGCGCGAGCAGCAGCUGGCCCAGUGGGAGCAGGACGUGUUUGAGCGGGAGCUCAGCCUCCUCAUCUUGCACCUGAACCAGAACCAGAAUCAGGAGAAACCCAACGUCAAGAAGAGGAAGGGCACCUUUAAAAAGCACAAGCUUAAGUGCAAGAAUGGCGAGAAGAUCAGCAUGCCUCAAGAUUUUAUCCACAAGAUUACCGUGCAGGCUUCCCCGGGCCUGGAGAAGAGGCGGAACUCUCCCGAUUUGGGGUCGGGCUCCUCGCCCUCCUUCGGCCCACGUUUCCGUGCGAUCCAACUCAGUCCCAGUGACAACAGCAGGUUGUUUGGUCUGAGCCCGGUCUGGCCCCUAGAGGCCCCUUCCCAUAAACAAGCCAAUGGCGACCUGAGAUCGUGCCCCCAUUGGAGGCCCCAGAGCCCGAAAAGUCCUAAAAGCCCCAAAGUCCUGCGCCUUAGUCCCCAGGAAAGCAGUCUGUCGAUGAGGGCCAAGCUCCUGGAGUCAGACAGCAACAUGAUGGGGGAAUCCAAGGAUGACUUUGAGGAGUACCGACCCUCUGCGCCAACCCCUCCCCCGGCUCAGAACGGCUCCUCAGUGAAGGACUGCCUGCGGCUUUCUCUACCUCAGCGAGACUCAGCCAGCGAGGAAGGCUGUCCCUCCCCGGCUGGCUCCCCCAGGCCCGAGAGGGUAUCCCACGGUGGCCUCAUUAAAAGCACCCACCAGGCCCUGCUGGGCGGCGGCUCCCUCCUGGCCUCCAUAGUACUGGGCCGCUGCCUGGAGAUUCCCCCAAGGGUGCCCCCCCGAACUAACCUCCCAUGCCUAGAGAGCCACACCCCCUCUGAACUGGAGAUCUCUGCCCCGAUGCCCCUGAUUUUAGACCCGCCAGUGGUGGACGAUCUCAUCACCUUGUCCCCCUCCGAGCUGCUCCCCAAACCGCUUUUGGAUUUAGCUCUGCAGUACCAAGAACUGAGGCCUUUGCCCCUGACGCCACCUCCGCCGAACCCCCGUGAGAGGAGCAUCCACCGGAUACUGCACAGUCCGCAUUGCCCCAGGACCCCCCUUCAGCAAGGCAAGACCGGCCUGGGAGAAUGGACCCCGAGUUCCCAUUUGGCCAACGGGGAACUGGCCUGUGAGGCGUGGGAGCACAAAGCUGACAGGAGGAGGAGGUCCAGCCAAGGCCUGCACGCCUCUCAGCUCGUUUUGGACCUGCCCUUAUGCCAAGACACACAGGACUCUGAUGACAAGCCUUCAGUGUCCCUCCACCCUAACUCUGCCGUCUGGAGCCCCAAAACCUGCCGCCUGGAGGUCACCGUCAUCCCCCGGCCCCGCCCGUCCUCCAUUCGCCCCCGAAUUGACCCCUGGAGCUUUAUCUCGGCAGGUGGUGCGAACUCAAGUACUAGCCGCAUCGCACACCGCUUGGACGGAUACCCUCUGGGCUACCAACCCUCCCCUACCAACCCUUUCACCAACUGUGACCCCUUCCCCUCAAGGGACUGCGACCCGUUCUCCCUGAAGGCUGACCCCUCGAGCGGCUCGGCCACCGCUUCCCCCUUUGACCCCUUCUCGACGCCCUUUCCCACCUCCCGCUCUGCCCCGUGCUCCACCAACGGCUCGCCCACGCUGCCCUCGUUGCGUAAAGCGGCCCUCAACCCGGCUGACUCGGGCCUCCUCGACCUGGGCUGGGCGGCCUGCAGCAAGCCUCUGGAUGGCACCAAAGAGAGAGCCCGCCCUCGCAAGACACUGGGGCUCAAACCCUUCAAGUCUCCAACGCAACUGAGAGACGAUAGGUUCUAAACCCGUGCCUGUGGCAGGGCCGUGGUUUCAAUCACAGCAGCACAGCGCAGGACCCGUUUUACUGCUUAGCAGCGAUCACUCAACCCACUGUGGGAAAUUUCCCAAAUGGGAGCCCCAAUGAUUGCAGGUCCUUUAUGUGCCUGCUUUGGAAACCAUAAAGCAGGUGAAUGGGGUACAGUGGAUGGUAAGAUAGCUGCCUUUGAACCAAAAGCUGGUGCCAAUUUCAUUCCCUCCUCUUUAUCUUGGUUUAUCUAUCCCUUUGAAGGAGCAGAAUACAGAUCACUAGCCCCAUCUUUAGAUCCUAUCAGACUCCUCAAAUCACCUGCUUUCAUCUCGCCCUGCAUUUGAAGCACAGUGACAAUGCAGCGGUGGAUAAGGCGACUUGCACAGCUUCAUCUGCCUGUAACUCUCUGCAAACUGAAAUCAUUCAGGACAGAGGGAAAAUGGAGUGCCAUACUUUGUCAAGUGUUUUUAGCAUAUAUCUUCUCAAGAUUCAUGACUGCUUUUUCUGGUGCGCUACAAAUUUGGCUUGAAUUUGCAAAUCCGCUUAGCAUUGCUGUGGAGGGAAAUAUUGUCUGCGUGCGUAUGUGCAUGUAUGUCUAGACUCAUUGUUCGAGGAAAGCUUACCGUUUUUUUUAAGCAGCAUCUGCCUGUUGCAUUAUGGGAAAAAGAACUGAAUAUUCCAGGCCACUUAUGAAAUCCAAGACGAAUCCAUGACCCAGACAUUCCACUUGGAUGCAGAUAAAAUUCCAAUCACGUUCCCCUUGAAAUGCCAGGGAUUGGACGGAUUCAUUGGGCUGGAGGGCGUCACAACACAGGAAACGGGACAGAGGGGGGGGGGGCCUCUGCGUCCCCUUCAUAUGCCAAAGAAUGCCACGUGAGUGUGUCACAACUGGGACAAAGGGUGUUUGAAAAUCCAUUGUUUUUACCAGUGCCAGAUGGGCGUUGUCCACCACAACGGACAGUACAGAGAAAGUUGAGACAAUCACAGAUAGUAUUUAAAGUGACUUUACAUGUACUUUUCUGUGCGUAUCUUCUCUAUCAACCAGGCUGUCUUAUCUUCCUGUCUGAAGUAGGAAGUUUCAACCAAAUACAUUUGAGUAUUUGCAAAUACUACAAUGCAUCUGUAUGGAAGCUUCACUUACUACUUUAUUUAUUUGAACAGGCUCAUUUGACUUAGCCUAGCAAAGUAAAAUGCCUUUUGACACACAAUUAACCCUUUUCCCCUUGACUUGAAGCCCAAAUAAUCCACCAAGUUGAGUUUGAAACAGAAUGUGAGCCAGAUCAGUUUGCCAACGUUCAAACCCCUUUACCCUUGUACUAUGAUCAAGGAAUAGUUUACCAUUUUAGGGAACACACUUCUUUCUGGUCAAGAACGAGGUGAAAAGAUUUAUACCUCACUUGAAUCGUUCUGUUCAAUAUGAAGCUGGAGCCAGCAGACAGUUGGCCCAGCUUAGCAUACACACUGGGAGCAAAGGAAAAAUUGCUAGUUUGACGAUAAAUCUGCAUUGAAGCUUCUCUUUUUAUUUAUAUGGGACAAGGGACAUGUUUUUUUUUAAGGUGGCCAUGCUCUUAGCCUCCAGAAGACCACAACCUUUUAUGUUUUAUUCUUCUAUUGAUUAAACAAAAACCGACAUUUUGAUUACUAUGUUUUAUUUUAUUGGAUUUUUAAAAUAAUUUUCUGGCAGAGCCCUGCUUUGUUGGACGUUAAACUAACCAUCUAAGUGUUGGUUUAUCAAAUCAUUUUUACUCCCAUAGUCUGGCUCAAUCCAACCCUGAGCUUGGGAGAUGUGGCUUUGCAAGACAAGAGUCGCUUGGCUUCUGAACUCUUUUGUGUUAAAAAUCCAUUCCAAACCAUUUCCACAUCACUCUGAAAAUCCUGUGGGUUCCUGUAAAUAACCAAUGUCAUGUCACCAUAGUUCCAGUAUAAAUACUGCGGAGGAGUUCAACAUUGAACAAUAAUACAGAGGAAUAUUAUUUCAGAGAAGGGGAAAGCACUUUAGCAAGAACUUGCCCUUUCACACCUUGUUAACACAUUAUUAUUAUUAUUAUUAUUAUUAUCAUCACAAAUGCUCAUGCACGUUCUCCUGCGUUUUUUUCCAUAAAUCAUCUCUGGAAAUGUACAAUGAAAGGCAGGUUGGGGAAAAUCAGCCACAAAUACUUCCCCAUAAAAUAAUCCUUUGAAUGCGUGUGACGUCACAAAGAAUAUCCAAUUAUCUUUAUCCAAUGAUUUAAUUAGCUGGUCCUCAUGUUUUAUCACAAUUGGUGUGUAGGUCAGGGAUGCAUGCAACUGAAAGAAAGUUGCCCUGUUACCCGCUCCUUUGCAUUGCGGGGCACAAAUACUGCAGUGAAGGGCUUCAUCCGUGACACCGUGUCAUUGGAGGACUACGGCGGCUUUGUUCGGAUGAAGAGUGAAAACCUUGUCUCCAAAGGGAAGGCUUUGUGAUUAGCCUAAUAAUCCUUGUGACGAACAGAGGAAGCUGAUAGUGAUAAUUAGCCUCUCGAUAAGAGCAGAGAGCAUUAACAAAGCAUUCGGAUAUUUGGUUAAUUAAAUCCCCCCCGACGUUACGUCAAUGCCGCGCGUCCUCCUCCUCCCAAGGUGUAUAUUGAGUUGCUUCCUCGGCUAACCUCUCCCUUUAAGCUGGGCCCUUUUUAUUUCAUUUUUUGCACAAAAAAAAAGUUUCAAACACAGGUCCGGAUGUUUUUCCUCCCUUUUCUGUUUUCGGGUGCCACUGGCUCCUCAGGUGCCCGGAUUAAAAUUUACCCUUUUGUAUGUCCUUCCCCAUCAGGUGAUGGAAAGACGAUUUUCUCUUUUUCCUUUGCUUCCUUCUUGUCUGGAAAGUUUUCUUGAGGGCAGCCUUGUCCUUACACUGCAGAUCACUCAAUUCACCAAGAGCCAGGUUUCUGUCUGUGAACAAAAAAAAAGCAUUUGUUCUAGGACAGAGUCCAUUAACCGGGAAGUGCUCAUUUCAUGGAGGCAAUUGAAUUUGUUUCAAAAUGAAACUGGAACUUUAUUGGAUAUUUUUAUUGCACCUUGAAGCGUCCAUCGUCAACUGGACACGCGAGUGUUAUUCGACAGUAACAAAGAGACUAAGUACCUGUUAAAAGUCCCAGCGUGCUCCUUGGUCCUCCAUGCGCAUUUGUUUGUUGGUUUCCUCUUAAAACACGGGCGCCGCUUCCUGACACGGGCAGUUCAUCAAAAGAAGUCAUAUUUCUGAAGCAAAGAGCAGGUACAUAAUGCCAUGUCGUCUGAACCAAAAAAAAUCAUUUUCCAUUCUGCUUUUCAAAGGUUUUCUGUUGACCUCUGAUCCAAUCAAACGCCUCACAUGUCCAUUACCUGCCCGUGAGCGCGGUGGAUCCCGUAGUGCAGAAGCCGGACGUGUGAUGUAUUCUGGCUCUCUUUCAGCAGUGCUCCCUACCUUCCCUCGCUCUCUUGUCCCCUCCACCCACAUUUUACCAGCUUGAGAAGUGAUGAGCUAUUACCUCGUCGCUUCCGUGUCAUCACGCGAGGCCACGAGAGCCGUGCUGUGCCAGUUAUUAGCCCUGCAUGGCUGUUAUUGUCACCGGAGCUCUGGGAGCAAAAGUGAUACAUCAAGGAGAUUGAGAUGAUGGAAACCUUGCGUGUCAAGCAUCCACUUCCACCUGCCACUCAUAUCCUGCUCUAUGUUUGCUGGGUGCCAGAUUUUAAUUUUCCAUCAGUCCCGAUAUUGAAAAAUGUUGCCUGCCGUUCUGCGCCUUGCUUGAGCCCUUUUGGUAAUUUAUCCUGAAAUAUCACUUGUAGUAACAGGAGUUGCUGUACUAUUUAUGUAUUAUCAGGAUGCAGUCUUAGUGGAAGGGGUUCAUUUGAAGUAGGGGAGAUGCAUAGAAAGAUGUUGAAUCAGACAGAACUCUAGUCUGGUUGGCUGAUGGAUUUAGUGGGACACAUUUUUAAGAAUUCUUUUGUUGACACGGAUGUCCAAUAUGGUGGUUUGGGCUUGUCACGUUCAGGAACAGUGGCCGCCACUACUCUGCGGAGCUCACGGCGAGUCCUGAUGAGUUGUUUGUGACGCCCUGCACUCCCGGGCAUCGCGCCCGUCCCUCGCUGCAAAUCAGAUCCCCGCGGCGCAACCUGCGAUAUCGGGGGCCCCAGUGAUCCGCCUUCAGCCUCCGAGGAGACUCGGAGCGCUCCUCGCGUAACGAGCUCAAUUCAGAGUUCAAGCUCAGGCCGUGGCUCCUAAUCAGUGAACGGCAAAUGGUCAAUACGCUGCAUGAAUGCAAGCUAAUGAGACGGCACAAUGGAGACGAGCCCGGGGGCCGUGACCCUCAUCACGCGGAGAGGCUGCAUUGGGUCGCUGGUUGCGUUGUAGAAUAUCAGAGCUGGAAAAAAGCUUUGUGAAGGGUAACCGUGGGAUGCGUUGCCUGACGCCACCAUCCAUCAGCACCCACACGUAAAGCUUCAUUGGGAUUUUAUGUUUACAUGCUUAUUAAUAAUUGUUUCUACUCUUAAGACACUCAUUCUAAAUUGAAUCCCCUUGACUAGUUUGAAAGCUUGAGUUGUAUCCCGAUGACUGCUGCGAGGUGGAAGGAGGAAGUGUGCGUGAGAACUUUCCCGUCUCUAGCGUAAGACUUUACAGAACUCGACUCAGAAGGGCAAGCGGACCUUCUAAAUUGCUGCGGCUCCGUUUCGGUCAUGUUUCCACUCCGUCAUGGUUACCGAGAGAAUUUGGAGGACAGCGGGAGAGGAACGCAGUCUGAACACGUGUCACAUGUACUUCAUUGAGGAAGUCUUACCUUGGCGGGUCAGUGGAGAGGAAAUUCUGAAAGGACAAAAACGGAUGAGCUGACAUUUCCAGCGGUUUCCCAUUUCUCUGCCGCUGCUGUUGCUGCUGUUGUCUGCUUGUGUUCAAUUAAGUCGUCUCACAGGCAGCUGCACAUCGCUGCUCUUUCUGGCUCCGGUUUAGUGAAACACCUGUCCAGGCCUUUGUUUGACAAUAACUGGCCGAGACCAAAUGAUCAAAUAUGACCUUCUGUUGACUGUACAGGAGUUGCACAUCGCUACAGGGAUGUGGGCUAAAUGUCUUGUCAGAGGCGCUGGCAGGUCACAGAGGGAGCACCGGUUUCCUUCCAAACGAAGGCAGGUGCUUUCUUUAGCAAAUACACAUGUUUUGUUUUUUUCUCUCUGUGAAGAUAUUCAUUCCUCACACACUCACUGCCCCCCCCCCCCCCCCCACACACACACACACACACAUUGUGAUCUUUGUAGAAUAUGAAGCUGUUCAAGCUUUAAAUUCCUGUUUUGAGUGUUGAAUGGGCCGCAACUCGUCUCUCCAUAAUGGAGACAGCCAAUGAUUUCUUGUCGUCAACAUUGCUCGCGGUUGAAAGAGCUGUGAUGGUUCAGAUCAUAAAAUGAUGUCGAGUUACGCGUGAGGUGGCAUAAGCUUCUUCUACGAGUAGAAUAUGGUGUCCUUGAGGCUUGGUGAUGUAUUCAUUUCAUCUUUAACAAUAUUUUUGAAAAGGAAAAAAAAGAUUCCCUGCAAUUCCCUGAUGCUUCUCGCAACAUAUUUGAUAAAUGUCUUUCUGAGGUGAACAAUGGUUUGAAUCUGCCAUUGCCCUGCUAGCGAGCCCCAUUAUCCUCCCCUCAAAGGUCAGCAACAUCUGAAACUGAAUGUGGCAGGAUUUUGAAGAUCGAGCUUGAUCAGGUUGGAAAAACUGUUCGUCCUGUUCCUUGUAGACCUCCCGUUGCUCCGAUUUCUGAUAAAAGGAAUUGGGAAGUGAGUGCUGAAUACACGCUCCCUGGAUCAUUGUAGACAAAACCAUGUUGGCGAGUGUAAAGUUCCAAAUGAAGUAAGCCACGGUUCUCCAAAUGUCUAAUGUAUCAGAACGUGUUGGUGUAAUGUGUUUGGCUUGAACAACUCUAAAUGAUCCAUAGAGGCAAUCUGAAAAUCUCUUCCACUAUCAUCUCCUAGUACUGAAAAAAAAGCUUUUCCUUCGGACAGCUUCCAGCUAAGGAAAUACACAGUUAUACACGACGCAAGGGUGAGAGGGUUAGGAGGGAGGGGGGGGGGGGGGGUCAAAUAUUUAUAAGAGGCCAUUUUUUUACACACUGGAUGAAAACUAUUUCUCUUCUGAGAUGGUCGUGGACGCCGUGGUCUUCGUUAGGAUGACGGACUGAUUGCUUCGCAUGAACAAAAUGUUGUAUAGGUUUUCACUGGAGUAUUUAACAUGUUGUGUAUGGGUGCUUCACUCGAGGCAGGUUUCACUUUACAUUCCAGUUCUUCAUUUCGACCAAAUCUGCAUUAAAACAACUCCUCCAAGCCACAGCAUUUUGUGUGAAUACAGAACAUUGCGUGGUGGAGCUUGAAAUCCUGUUCUUUGUGUACAUUGCAACAAACCCCUGAUCAAAAAACCCAGCCUAUUGUCUCCCUGAGGCACCCAUGCGGAUAUUUGUGUGCUUAAAACUGCUAGAUAGAGAUGAGGAUUGUGUCCCUUAAGUGGUUGACCUCCUCUCUGUCUGCGUAUCUAUUUGCUUCUAUUGUAAUUGUUCCAGAUUCCUUUCCAUGUGUCUAUUUUGUGUCUUAUUACAGCCUAGGUGAUGUGGUAACACAAUUGUUGCAUUGCCCUGGCAGCCGUUUUUACAUCUCUUUCCAGAACUGUCUCUGCUCAUUUGAGUUUGAGGUUUAGCAGUCGUCGGGCUUUGAAAAAUGUGUUGUUGUUGCAUUUUUGUGAAAUCGCGCACUGGGCUGGGCCUAAUCAACUGUUUUUAUUGUUGUGUGUCAAGAGGACUAUUUCUGUAUACAGUAUGUGAAAAUGUUUUUAUUUCUUUUGACUAUUAUAAUGGGUUUUAACCUGUGGAAAAAAAAGAAAGGAAAAAGCUCCAAAAGAGAUAAGACCAAAUAAAAUGUAACACUCCUGAAUUGUUUGUCACUUCAUUCUUAUUAU